AUGCUGACGAGUUCAGAGACCAGCGAGACCAGGGCCAACGAGACCGAAACCAGUAAUCGCUUAAUGCGCACGCUCACAACGCUGCCCACGUGGCCCCUCACUUCACAAACUGUAUCGGUCAUUUGCUUGAUAAUAUACUGGGCGCUUUCAAUUUGCGAUGUUUUUGCGUUAACGCGGGCGUACGACGUGAUUACUGCUCCCGCG